CUUCCUUUCCCUCUCCCUCCACCUCCCCGUCCCCCCUCCAUCUACGUUUCCCAUCAUAAACACACACAAAAAUAACCCACAAACAGGUUUAGAAUUUCGAACCAGAUUUGAACUCUACAAAAAUGGCGAUCAUAUCGCAGGACGUGAUAAAGGAAUUCGAGAAUAUGAUGGAAUCAAUUGAUGAGCCACUCAAGAUUACAUUUGAGAAUUUGCAUCAAGGGUAUCCAACUGAGGCCCUGAUCAGGUUUCUAAAGGCAAGAGAUGGAAAUGUCCCCAAAGCCCACAAAAUGCUUGUUGAUUGUUUAAGUUGGAGGAUUCAAAAUGAGAUUGAUAAUAUAUUGUCGAAACCAAUCGUCCCUGCUGACUUUUAUAGAGGAGUCCGUGAUUCACAGCUUUUAGGAAUGUCAGGUUACACAAAAGAGGGGCGGCCUGUUUUUGCUGUUGGUGUAGGGCUCAGCACAUAUGAUAACGCCUCUAUUCAUUACUAUGUUCAAUCGCAUAUCCAGAUAAAUGAAUACAGAGACCGGAUAUUAGUGCCAGCUGCAACGAAAAAGUUUGACCGACAUAUUAGCACAUGUGUCAAGGUUCUGGAUAUGACUGGACUUAAAAUCUCACAACUCAGUCAACUUAAGUUAUUGACAGUUAUAUCUAGCAUUGAUGACUUGAACUACCCAGAAAAAAGUGACGCCUACUAUAUUGUGAAUGCUCCAUACAUAUUUUCAGCUUGCUGGAAGGUUGUGAGGCCUCUUUUGCAAGAAAGAACAAGGAAGAAAGUUCAAGUCCUUUCAGGUUGUGGAAAAGAUGAAUUAUUGAAGAUAAUGGAUUAUGAUUCCCUGCCACAUUUUGUUAGAAGAGAAGGAGGUGGAGGUGGAUCAUCUUCAUCGAGAGGUUCAAAAAACAGCAAUGGUGCUGAUGACAAUUGCUUCUCAUUGGAUCAUGAGUUCCAUCAGGAGCUUUAUAAUUAUAUUAACAAGCAAGCUGAGGAUGUGGAGCCUCCACGUGUCACAAAACACAGAUCAUUUCAUGUGGAUUUCCCUGAACCCAAUCCGGAUGAUUGUAGGAUUGCACAGAGUAUAGAAUCCGAAUUACAAAAGUUCAGUCAGGGGAAUGGAAUUGCUGACCCCACACUAAAUCAAGAUCAUAAACAAAAGAAAUAAUUAUACUAUUUAAUAAAACUAAUAUUUAUUCCCUCCUGUCAAUCUAUGUGACCCGGGUUUAAUUUCAAAUUUAAAAACCCGUUGAGGGUUUUAAGGAUUACAAAAAAGACAGAAAUGUUGUAACUUUAUAACUUGCUUUUUUCAUCAGGG